UUAGACUGACAGACUGGUAUGUACCUGCAUAAAGAGCACUCUGACCCAGCAAAAUACUUCAGUGCGAAGGAGGCGGAAAACUGUGGCAUUUGCCAUCUGACCCAGUGGGAGCCUGGGGCAGAUGGAGCGCAACUUGGAAAGUCUGCUACUGGGAUUUUUUUUUUUUUUUCCCUGAUUGUUGUUGUAGCCCUGGGAGCAGAUACUGCCUUUGAAACCUUUCCCCUGGCUGGCUUGGCUGCCUCUGCCUCCCCAGGCAGGGGCUGGGGAACCAGGGUGUCAGGUCGACCGAGCAGUUGGCACUGUUCUCUGGGGCAUUAAGGGCUCCCCGCACGAUCAAAGGCACAGCCCCGGAGGCGGGAGCCCCGGCCAGCGCUCCCCCUCUGCUGGGCUCAGCCUGCUCCUGGCCGGUUGAUUCCUGGGCUGCCUGAAAUCCUGAAAUGACCGGCUUCUCAUAAGAAGGCUCCUUCUUCUCUUCUGGAGAUGGGGAACUCUUACGCUGGACAGCUGAAGACGACGCGGUUUGAAGAGGUCUUGCACAACUCCAUCGAGGCCUCCCUGCGCUCCAACAGCCUGGUGCCCAGGCCCGUCUUCUCCCAGUUGUACCUGGAAGCGGAGCAGCAGCUCUCUGCUCUGGAAGGUGGUAGCCGAGUGGACAAUGAGGAAGAGGAAGAGGAGGGAGAAGGGGGAUCGGAGCAGAACUGUCCCCCGACUCUCUACCAGAUGCACCCCCCGCCCGAAGGAUGCUGCAUCACAGAUGGGUUCUGCCAGGCAGGAAGGGACCUGCGUCUCGUCUCCAUCUCCAACGAGCCCAUCGACGUCCCUGCGGGCUUCCUCCUCGUGGGGGCCAAGUCCCCCAGCCUGCCCGGCCACCUCCUGGUGUGUGCCGUCGACAAGAGGUUCUUGCCGGAUGACAGUGGGCACAACGCGCUUCUCGGUUUCUCUGGGAAUUGUGUUGGCUGCGGCAAGAAAGGCUUCUGUUACUUCACGGAGUUCUCCAACCACAUCAAUCUGAGGGUGACCACGCAGCCGAAGAAGCAGAAACACCUGAAGUGUUACCUGAUCCGCAAUGCACAGGGGGCUCUGACCACAGGGCCCCUCAUUUGCUGGAAAGGCUCAGAGUUCAGAAGCCGGCAGGCGUCCGCCGGAGCGUGUUCCAGCUCUUUGUUCCCUCUGCUGGAGAGCUCCGGGCCCCCGGCUCCCUUCCCCAGCGAGCCCGUUCCUGGGACGAACCCGAGCGCCCCGCUGGGAGCAGCGCAGGCAGAAUUCUCCUCGGACCCAGAGAGCCCUGUGGGCAGCCUGGACUUGGGUGACUGCAAACCCGGCAGCUUUCCUGAGCCACAUCAGCCGCUGGUGAAGAACAACCUAUCUGCUGGGCCGCGCCCCUCGGCAUUAGGUAUCUUAUCCAACUCUGGGCCCCCCAAAAAGCGCCACAAAGGGUGGUCUCCAGAAUCUCCAUCAGCUGCAGACGGCGGCUACCCCCAGGGUGGUGGGAACAGAGCUAAGUAUGAGAAUGCAGGCAUGACCUGCAUGCCCCAGGUUGGCUUGGUGGGACCGGCCUCAGUCACCUUUCCCGUCGUGGCCUCCGGAGAACCAGUGUCUGUUCCUGACAACUUGCUGAAAAUAUGCAAGGCCAAGCCGGUGAUCUUUAAAGGUCACGGCAACUUCCCAUACCUCUGUGGGAACCUGAAUGACGUGGUCGUGAGCCCUCUCCUGUACACGUGCUACCAGAACUCCCAGUCCAUCUCCAGGGCAUAUGAACAACACGGGGCCUCCACCAUCCAGCCCAUCUCAGAGGAGAUGCAGCUCCUGCUCACCGUCUACUAUCUCGUCCAGCUGGCAGCCGACCAGGUGCCCCUGAUGGAGGACCUGGAGCAGAUCUUCCUGCGCUCCUGGCGCGAGUCGCACCUGACGGAGAUCCGGCAGUACCAGCAGGCGCCGCCGCAGCCCUUCCCGCCGGCGCCCAGCGCCGUGGCCCCGGUCACCUCGGCGCAGCUGCCCUGGGGCCCAGUAAAAGUUGUUGUUUGUUUUCCAGGAAAAUACCAAGCCCGGAUUCUCUCUGAGAGCCUUCUCACCCCAGCCGAAUACCAGAAAGAAGUCAAUUACGAGCUGGUUACGGGCAAAGUGGACUCGCUGGGAGCCUUUUUCAGCACCCUCUGUCCAGAGGGCGACAUUGACAUUUUGCUGGACAAAUUUCAUCAGGAAAAUCAAGGCCACAUUUCUUCCUCACUUACUGCCACCUCUGUCACCAAAUCAGCAUCCCUGGAAGUUGCCGGGACACCAGUGUGCACAAGUUACCAUCUGGAGCCUCACCACAUCCGGCCCUUCCAGCUGGCCGUGGCCCAGAAGCUCCUCUCCCACGUGUGUUCAAUUGCGGAUUCCAGCACCCAGAACCUGGACUUGGGGUCUUUCGAGAAGGUGGACUUUCUGAUUUGUGUUCCACCCUCCGAAGUGACCUACCAGCAGACCCUGCUCCAUGUCUGGCAUUCAGGGGUUUUACUGGAGCUGGGCUUGGAAGAGGAGCACAUGACCAAGCAGAGGGCAGAGCAGUACGUUCUGAAGCUCGAUGCCGAGGCGCAGACAAAAUUUAAGGCCUUUCUGCAAAACUCCUUUCAGAACCCGCACACGCUCUUUGUCCUCAUCCACGACCACGCCCACUGGGAUCUUGUGAGUAGCACCGUUCAUAAUCUCUAUUCCCAAAGUGACCCGUCCGUGGGGCUGGUGGACAGAUUGCUCAACUGCAGGGAGGUGAAGGAGGCCCCCAACAUCGUCACCCUCCACGUGACUUCCUUCCCUUAUGCGCUGCAGACGCAGCACACCCUCAUCAGCCCUUACAACGAGAUCCACUGGCCAGCCUCCUACAGUAACGGAGUGGAGCUGUAUCAUGAGAAUAAGAGGUACUUCGGGCUGUCCGAGUUCAUCGAGUCCACCCUCUCAGGACAUAGCCUCCCGUUGCUCAGAUACGACAGCUCCUUUGAGGCCAUGGUCACCGCCUUGGGGAAAAGGUUCCCCCGCCUGCACAGCGCGGUGAUCAGGACCUUUGUUCUCGUGCAGCACUACGCGGCCGCUAUGAUGGCCGUGUGCGGCCUCUCACAGAUGAAGAACUACACGUCAGUGGAGACACUGGAGAUCACGCAGAACCUCAUCAACUCCCCGAAGCAGUGCCCCUGCGGCCACGGGCUCAUGGUCCUGCUGCGGGUGCCCUGCUCGCCGCUGGCCGCCGUGGCCUACGAGCGGCUGGCCCACGUGCGGGCGCGGCUGGCCCUGGAGGAGCACUUUGAGAUCAUCCUGGGCAACCCCAGCUCUGGCAUCACUGUCGGAAAGCACUUCUUGAAGCAGCUCAAGAUGUGGCAGAAAAUUGAGGAUGCGGAGUGGAGGCCUCAGACGUACUUGGAGCUGGAGGGCCUGCCUUGCAUCCUCAUCUUCAGUGGGAUGGACCCGCACGGGGAGUCCUUGCCCAGGUCUCUGAGGUACUGUGACCUGCGGCUGAUAAACUCCUCCUGCCUGGUGAGGACAGCCCUGGAGCAGGAGCUGGGCCUGGCCGCUUACUUUGUGAGCAACGAGGCUCCCCUGGAGAAGGGGGCCCGGAACGAGGCCUUGGAGAGCGACGCGGAGAAGCUGAGCGGCACGGAUGAGGACGAGGAGCUGGUGACCGAAGGCUCCGCCUUGGAGAAGAGGAGCCCCGUGAAGAGAGAACGGUCCUGCUCCCACGACUCGGUGUCCUCAUCCGUCUCCUCUAAGGCGUCUAGCUCUGCGCUCUGCGGCGAGUCCUCAGUCCCCCCAGCGGGGCCCUCGCAGGGGGAGCAGGCCCGGUCCCCGCCGCCUGGCGGCCCCACAGAGGAGGGCAGGGCCCCCGGUGAGAGGCAGAGGCUCCGGGCCGGGUGGGAGCCGCCAGCCGUCAUCAGCCGGCACAGCCCCGGGCUGGCCCCCCCGCCGGACCCCGGCCUCAGGACCGGCCGGCAGAGCAUCCGGAGGUCGGCCCCCUCAUCCUCCUCCCAGCUCUCCUCCUCGGGCUCGUCCUCCUUGUCCACGGUGCCUGCCGCCGGGCCGCUCGUCCUGCAGGCCUCCCAGUGCUCCAUGACCAAGGCCUGCCGGCAGCCGCCCAUAGUUUUCCUGCCCAAGCUGGUGUACGACAUGGUCACGGCCACCGACAGCAGUGGCCUGCCCAAGGCCGCCUCGCUCCUGCCCUCGCACUCGGUCGUGUGGGCCAGCUCGUUCCGGCCGCUGCUCAGCAAGACGAUGACGUCCACGGAGCAGUCCCUGUACUACCGGCAGUGGACAGUGCCCCGGCCCAGCCACAUGGACUACGGCAACCGCGCCGAGGGCCGCGUGGACGGCUUCCACCCGCGCCGCCUGCUGCUCAGCGGGCCCCCCCAGAUUGGGAAGACAGGCGCCUACCUGCAGUUCCUCAGCAUCCUGUCCAGAAUGCUCAUUCGGCUGACGGAAGUGGAUGUUUACGACGAAGAAGAGAUCAAUAUCAACCUCAGAGAAGAGUCAGAGUGGCAUUACCUCCAGCUCGGUGACCCCUGGCCAGACCUGGAGCUCUUCAAGAAGCUGCCUUUUGACUACAUCAUCCACGACCCGAAGUACGAGGACGCCAGUCUGAUUUGUUCUCACCAUCAGAGCAUAAAGAGCGAAGACAGAGGGAUGUACCGGAAGCCGGAGGACCUCUACGUGCGGCGUCAGACGGCGCGGAUGAGGCUGUCCAAGUAUGCGGCAUACAACACAUACCACCACUGCGAGCAGUGCCACCAGUACAUGGGAUUCCACCCCCGCUACCAGCUCUAUGAGUCCACCCUGCACGCCUUUGCCUUCUCUUACUCCAUGCUAGGAGAGGAGAUCCAGCUCCACUUCAUCAUCCCCAAGUCCAAGGAGCACCACUUUGUCUUCAGCCAACCUGGAGGCCAGCUGGAGAGCAUGCGGCUGCCCCUCGUCACUGACAAGAGUCACGAAUACAUAAAAAGUCCGACGUUCACUCCAACCACCGGCCGACAUGAACACGGGCUCUUUAACCUGUACCACGCUAUGGAUGGCGCCAGCCAUUUGCAUGUGCUGGUGGUCAAGGAGUAUGAGAUGGCCAUUUACAAGAAACACUGGCCCAACCACAUCAUGCUGGUACUCCCCAGUAUCUUCAACAGCGCCGGAGUUGGUGCCGCCCAUUUCCUGAUCAAGGAGCUGUCUUACCACAACCUGGAGCUGGAGCGGAACCGGCAGGAGGAGCUGGGGGUCAAGCCGCAGGACAUCUGGCCUUUCAUUGUGAUUUCAGAUGACUCCUGCGUUAUGUGGAACGUGGUGGACAUCGACUGUGUUGGGGAGAGGAGCAGGGAAUUUUCCUGGUCGGAAAGAAACGUCUCCCUGAAGCACAUCAUGCAGCACAUCGAGGCUUCCCCCAACAUCACCCACUACGCCCUGAUCGGCAUGCGGAAGUGGUCCAGCAAGACCGGAAGCCGUGAGGUGCAAGAGCCCUUCUCCCGCUGCCACGUGCACGACUUCAUCGUCCUGAACGUGGACUUGACCCAGAACGUGCAGUACAACCAGAACCGGUUCACGUGUGACGACGUGGACUUCAACCUGCGGGUGCACAGCGCCGGCCUCCUGCUCUGCCGGUUCAACCGCUUCAGUGUGAUGAAGAAGCAGAUCGCAGUGGGCGGGCACAGAUCCUUCCACAUCACGUCCAAGGUGUCUGACAACCCCAUGGCCAUCGUGCCUGCCCAGUACAUCUGCGCCCCCGACAGCAAGCACACAUUCCUGGCGGCCCCCGCGCAGCUCCUGCUCGAGAAAUUCCUCCAGCACCACAGCCACCGCUUUUUCCCGCUGUCCCUCAAGAAUCACGGCCACCCGGUGCUGUCCGUUGACUGCUACCUUAACCUGGGGUCUCAGAUCUCUGUGUGUUAUGUGAGCUCCAGGCCCCACUCUUUAAAUGUCAGCUGCUCUGACCUCACGUUUAGUGGACUCCUGCUGUACCUCUGUGACUCUUUUGUGGGAGCUAGCUUUUUGAAAAAGUUUCAUUUUCUGAAAGGUGCGACCUUGUGUGUGAUCUGUCAGGACCGGAACUCGCUCCGCCAGACAGUUGUCCGCCUGGAGCUGGAGGAUGAGUGGCAGUUCCGGCUGCGAGACGAAUUCCAGACUGCCAACGCGAAGGAGGACCGGCCGCUCUUUUUUCUGACUGGGAGACACAUCUGAGGGAGACACGCCUGAGAGCGGCGCCGUCAGAACCUCACCCUGCUGAGGCUAAAGGAAGAAUUCGAACCAUGGGGUGUCUGGACCGGGACAGGCCCCCAAGACUGUUGGCAACCCCCUCAUGGUACGGGAACAUGGCCCAGAGAUGGAUGGAGACUUACCGAGAGUGAUGGGAUAAGUGGAUGGUCAACGGGAACUCAAACCCAAGACUCCUAGGUUCUGGGCCAGACCCCAUUGCCCUGGGCUCCGUCGAAGUCCAUCUCAAGAACAAAGCUUUGCCUACCAUCACCUCAUCCAUUCGCUUCCGUGGACACACUUGACUUUGCUCUUAGUUCUGAAGGGUCACUCUUGGAUUAUCUUGUAGAGGUGCCAGCAUUUCGGAUGAUGGAUAGAUUUUGGCUACGUAUAUUUCCCUAUACUCUCCUACAAUGCAAUAUUCCAAAAGAACAUUUUAACUGUGAAGGCUGGAGACAAGAAAAAACGAAGUAGGUCAUUUAAUAAGAAUAUGUAAGUUUGCUCUUUUAGAAGCUAGCCCAAAGGCAUCAAGUUUAAUAAAGUAAAACAAAUAGUUUCCCUUCAAAGCAAAUGCGAUCCUAUUAAAACAGCACAGGGUAAAUACCCUGCCUCUUAGAAAGGGCAAACGUGAAAAGAAACUUUUUUUUUUAACUAAAAGGGUUUCAGGAAGGAAAUUAGGGUUACAGAGGUUGAUCUUAAGAUAUAGAAUUUGCCUUACAAAGGAAAGAGGACCAAAUGGCUUACUUGAAACAAACAGUGAAAACAACCAAAGCGAUAAUAUAAAAUAGUUGAUAAGAAUUAGACUUCUGACUCUAAUUUAUUGAAGCUCCGUUUUCAGUUCCUUAAAUAGCUUGUCUUCUCCUGUGAAUGCUUGGUCCCUGACUGGAGAGGCAGGGGGACAGACAGGGCAGCAGGGAUGCUCCCUGACGCUCACGCUCUCGCUCUCACUUUCCUUCUAGGAUGUUUUUUAAAGCCAGCGUAUUAGAGCGCCCCCUAUAAGCCGGGCCAGGUGCUUUCACAGUUAAGCUCUCGCUUCACACUUCCAACAGCCUGUGUAGGUGGAAUCAUUCUCCCCGUUUGAAAGAUGAGACGGUUGAGAUGCAGAGAGUGCACCUCACCAAGGUCACACAGCUGGAGAGAAGCAGAAGCAGAGACCUGGAUCUGGACUCCAGGGCCCCUCUGCCCCCUGCACCGCACUGCUGUGGAAUGGCCCGUAACCAAAGGAAAAGUUUAAAGAUACUCAGAAAUGAAUCAGCAGAAUGCACUCUUAUCCAUCCAUCUCACAAGCACUCUAAUGGAUCACCAUCCAAGAAGAAAUUACUUUAAAAGAUGAUGCCAAAGAGUUCAUAUCGAUCUUUUCUUCCCUAAGAAAAAAAAAGAAAAGUUCAUGAGUAUAAAAGAUUUAGAUCAAUGUUUAUAAAGUGAUCACUUUGUAUAUGUCCUUAUUCCUAUUUUGGAAUAAAAACUUACUUCCUUUAGUUCUAUUUGUCUUUUGUAAAUAGCAGCUUCUGGGCUGCAGUUCCCAUUUUAUUAGUUAAUUUAAACUUGAAACAAAAAACCGAACUAAUAUUCUUGUCUGUUCCAGCCUUAUAAAUAAAAUUUAUGAUGCAUUUAUUGCUG